AUGAACGACGGCGACGCAGCUUUCCUCGGUGGCGAGCUCGCAGCAGACGCAACGCCACUCUCCUCCGUUUCUAUCUUCCUUCUUGGUGUAGGUGGAUGGCACAACGGCGAGCAAGACGCGGCUGGGUGUGAUGGAGUUCCCAGGCCUCAGCCCGAACAAGAAGAUAGCAUCGAGAAAGAAGAAGCAGCAACUUCAUCUGACGAGGACGAAGACACAGAUGAAGGCGAAGAUGAACGUGAGAAACACGUGCUGGUUCCCAAGAAGCCUCAACCGCAAAAAGUUUCCAAACCCUCGUCAUCUUCUUCUAAACCCUCUCCAAAGUUGAAGUCUCAACCUUCGGCAUCUGUCAGUCAAACCAAAUCCGGGUCAAAGCGUGCAGCCGAAAAUAGUAUCGACCACUCGAACCAACCAAAAUAUGGGAAGAAGGCACAAGAGGAUCACGCCGUCGGCUCCGUAGAAGAGGAUCUGCAGAAAUCACAUGACGAGUUCAGAUCCCUCUUUCAGAGGGUUUUCAACGAGGAAGAUGAGAUAGGUAUCUUGAAAGGCCUGUCUGAGUUCAUCGCGAAAACAGGGAAGGAACCCUAUAAAUGCGCUAAUGAAUUUUACGAUUUUAUAAAGGGGUUGAAUUUAAUUUGGGCAAAUGUAUCAUGCAACCAAUUUAAGGAUAAGAUCCGCUGGCUGAAGAAGAAGUUUGAGAACAACCUAGAAAAAGAGAGGAACGGCAAGGGGAGAACCUUAAAGCCGCACGAGUUGGAAGCACUUCGGUUGGGAAAGAAUGUUUGGGGCCACGAUGGCCGUGGCGGUGAAGCAGUGCGCAACGAAACUGAGAAAAAGGAUACAGUUAAUAAUGAGAAGGCUGCGAAGAUUACUCCUAAGAAGGCGCUAGUGCCCUAUUAA